AACUUGUGCUUGACUCGAGCACCUAGGGUUCAUCCAUGGCGUUUGUUUUGUUGUUUGCUUCAAUUUUUGUAUUACUUUCGCGACUUGUUUUGGUGUUUGUAGUGAUUUGUUUUGAAAAUUCUAUAGCUUUGAUACAGGAGAUAAUUUUCAGUGAUGAAAAAGCUAGAACCUUUGUUGUCUGCGUCUCUUUUGCUUUGGAUUAUCUUCAUUAUCUGUGAAUGCGAUGCAUGCGUGAUAACGUGUGUGCCUAUCUUUCGUAACUCGUACUGGGAGGGUUUAACUUCGUCUUCGAAAUUUUAAGCCUUAAGGAUAGGUUUGAGUAAUUUAGGAGACUUCUAUGUUCUGUUCCGUUCACAUUGUUAUGGUUUACCUUUGCUUUUCUGAUUUUGAUUUUCACUUAAAUGCUUGUAUAGCGUAUGUAGUAGAACUGCGUGUUUUAGGCUUUUGCAGUGCUAGGUCAUGCGUUAUAACAUGUACAUUGGCAGGAAACGGUGAAUGUUAAACCUCAGGCAUUGUAUUAGCUUCUAUUCAUGCAGUUGUAUGUGUGUUUACAUGUAUUCUGAUUCUAAAUGAAGCUGAUAGUACUGUAAUUGCUUGUUCUGGGAUUUCCCUAGAAUGUUGAUCAUUGUGAAAAACAACUCUUCAGGAUUUUAUUGGAGUAAGCCAACUACUUGGUAAUAAAUCAUAGCCUAAAAGUGUUGUUUUGGGGGUUGGCUAUUAAUUAAGGGGUAGGAUGGAUUUAUGUAUGUGUUACAUUCACUGAGAGGUUUUCUGACUUUUCUAGUCUCUGCUGGUCAACAUGUUGGCAUGAUCCUUAGUAGCUGCAUAAAGCCAUAAACAUUGUCCAGGAAUUAUGUACUUUUCGUCUUGUUUUGACUCAUUUUUCAUUUCUCUUGCAUUGAAGACUAUUCUUGGUGCCUCACUACCUGUUAUGGCUACAAAGAGGAUUCAGAAGGAACUAAAAGAGUUGGAAAAGGAUCCACCUGCUUCUUGCAGUGCUGGACCUGUUGGCUCAGAUAUGUUUCAUUGGCAAGCCACUAUUAUGGGCCCAGCUGACAGUCCAUUUGCUGGUGGGGUGUUUGUUGUUACUAUUCACUUUCCACCAGAUUAUCCCUUCAAGCCUCCUAAGGUCUCCUUCAAAACCAAAGUCUACCAUCCUAACAUCAAUAGAAAUGGUAGCAUCUGUCUUGACAUCCUGAGAGAGCAAUGGAGCCCUGCCCUUACAAUAUCGAAGGUGCUGCUGUCCAUCUGCUCCCUCCUGACUGAUCCAAACCCGGACGAUCCAUUAGUGCCUGAGAUCGCCCAUACAUACAAGAACGAUAAAGCCAAGUAUGAAGCUACUGCUCGAUCCUGGACCCAGAAAUACGCAAUGGGUUAAGCUUCUAUAUAUUCCGUAGCGUAACAUCAGCUGCUCUGCUACUUAGUUCCCCGUAGCUAUUAAUAAUUAGAAUUACAGAACAUCCCGACAUUAGCAGCUCGAUCUCCUAAUGUUCUCCAUUUUGUUUUGACAAGUGGCCAAGAAUCUGCUCCCCUCUGAAUACUAUUCCCUAGCUACCUAGUAUAUCAAAAUCAAAAUGGAUAUGUCAUACAUUUUUAUCCAAUGCAGUUUUUGUUUGCUGACUCUACUA